GGAUCAUGGGGCCCCUGUGUCUUUGCCCAAACUCAAAAAAGCCUAUGAAAAAGGUACCAGGGGUAUCUCAUGGGGCCCUCUACUGACCCCAGGCCCUCGGGCAGUGCCCGAGUUUCCAACAGGUCAGUCCGCCCCUGUGCCGGGCUAUUGGCCACCAACCAAGACGGUAAUGGCAGCAAAGUCAAGUAAAUAAUUCCAAUUUCCGUACAAUGACUGAUUGCUUGAAUUGAGGGUGAGUAGGACCUGCUAGCAGUGUCAAUAAUAUUCAAUGGCACCCCAAUGCGUUA